UGUCGGCCGUCAUCAGAGGAGAUGGAGCGGGUAGUGUCCGCCUUCUCAGACCAACUUACAACCAUCCUGAGUAACGUCAGCGCUCUGAAGGAUCGGGAGAGGGAGAAAGAGAGUUCUUUGCGCAAUGACAUCAACGAAUUUGCCAGCAAACUGGAUAAUGUCACAUCGAUGUGCCAUUCUGCGGUCCGAAAGCUAAGUGAAGAAAUAAAGCAGAAGGAUGAAGAAACCAAGAAGAGCCUAGAACUUGUCAAACAACAAACAAACAAUCUGACGAGAAUGGUUGACAGACGGGAAGAAGCCGCAGCUCCCAAGACAUGUGACCAUGGAAACUAUACGCUGCUCCCGUCUGUGAACAUGUGCAUCCGACUGAGUGGACCGACAGACACACUCAGCUGGUACGUCAGUCAGGGCAGGUGCGAGUCUGAGGCUGGUCGCCUUGUUAACCUCGACAGCGUCGACAAACAGGACGCUGUGGUGAAAUACUUGCACAGCAUUGGGGACAAAGCAUAUGAUGCCGGUAAGUCCUAUCGCAUCUGGGUUGGAAUGAAGAAGAUUCAGGGUCGAAGCUUCGAGUGGACCGAACAUGGUAACACCAAUGGGCUAAAGUGGGACGAUGGGGAACCUGACGCCCUGGACUAUCAGGACGUGGUGCAGCUCACGCCGGGCGGUCUCUCGGAUAUCCCGAGCUACAGCAAACGUAGAUACAUAUGUGAGAUUGUCCUUGCCUGA